CCCGACGCGACGCGCCAUUGAAUGGGACCCCACAACAGGUGAGGGGGGCGAAAGACGGGACGGCUCGGUAUUUUCUCCUGCUACAACUACAUUCGCAGCUUGUCUUUUUCCCCGAGGGGAGUCUGUCCGCUUCGGGUUCUCCCUCCCGCCCACCUCCCGCCCACCGCCCACUGCUUCUGGCUGUGGACGCCUCCACGCGUCGCGCUGCGCUGCGGUUCACGCGGACAAUCAAUCUCGUGUCUGCUCGAGCUGUGGAGUGACUAGCGCGAGCUGCGCAUCUGUCUCCGCUUUUAGGUUUCAUCUCCAGUCCUAUGUUGGUGAUGUUCCCUGCCUCAAUCUGGUUCUGAUUUACUUGUUGGCGCGCUCUUCAUUUCUCUCGGGCAUCAUCGUAUCAUCCGUCGUUGUCGGACAUCGGCGGGCGCGGCUCGUGUACGAAAGCGACGAGGAGAGGAGAGGAGAGGAGAGGAGAGGGAAAGCCGCGCUCCCGUAAGCAGCACUGUCAAGCAACCGUAACAGCGAGAGGAGAGAGUUGGCGGCCACGAGGAGUGAAGAACGGUAGGAAAUAGACAGAUUGGAACGUCACCUGGGUUUACAGCCGUUGCAGUGUGGUAGAAGAGAAGAGAAGAACAGGAGGAAGAAGUAGAAGAAGAAGAAGAUGGCGGCAGGUCCCUCUGAGGAGAGCGGGGCAAAGGGGGGAGGAGGAGGAGGAGGAGGAGGAGGAGGAGUAGCAGGCGGUGCUAGCACUCCGGCAAAGAAGGACUUCAGCACGGCAAUUUUGGAGAGAAAGAAGUCUCCCAAUCGGUUGAUUGUCGACGAAGCUGUCAACGACGACAACUCGGUCGUGUCUCUGCAUCUGAAGACGAUGGAGGAGCUCCAGCUGUUUCGCGGGGACACGGUUUUGAUCAAAGGUAAGAAGCGCAAGGACACAGUAUGUAUUGUGCUGGCGGACGAUACAGUGGAGGAACCUAAGAUUAGGAUGAACAAGGUAGUGCGGCACAACCUGCGUGUGCGUCUGGGCGACGUGGUGUCGGUCCAUCAGUGUCCCGAUGUGAAAUACGGGAAAAGAAUCCACGUCCUGCCCAUCGACGACACCAUCGAGGGUGUGACGGGCAACCUGUUCGACGCUUAUCUGAAGCCCUACUUUUUGGAGGCGUACAGACCUGUGAGGAAGGGCGAUCUGUUCCUCGUGAGAGGAGGGAUGAGGAGUGUGGAGUUCAAGGUGGUGGAGACGGAUCCCGCGGAGUACUGUAUUGUGGCGCCGGAUACGGAGAUCUUCUGCGAGGGGGAGCCAAUUCAGAGGGAGGAGGAGGAGAAGCUCGACGACGUGGGCUAUGACGAUGUCGGAGGGGUAAGGAAGCAAAUGGCGCAGAUUCGUGAGCUUGUGGAGUUGCCCCUGCGCCACCCGCAGCUGUUCAAGUCGAUUGGUGUGAAGCCGCCAAAGGGCAUUUUGUUGUUCGGCCCGCCUGGGUCGGGCAAAACGCUGAUUGCCAGGGCAGUAGCGAACGAGACGGGCGCCUUCUUCUUCCUGAUCAACGGCCCGGAGAUCAUGUCGAAAUUGGCGGGAGAGAGCGAGAGUAAUCUGAGGAAAGCGUUCGAGGAGGCGGAGAAGAACGCGCCCGCCAUCAUCUUCAUCGACGAGAUUGACUCCAUCGCUCCGAAGCGAGAGAAGACGCAGGGCGAGGUGGAGAGGAGAAUCGUCUCCCAGCUUCUGACCUUGAUGGACGGUCUCAAAACCCGCGCCCACGUCAUCGUUAUCGGCGCCACCAACAGACCGAACAGCAUAGACCCGGCGUUGAGGCGUUUUGGGAGAUUCGACAGGGAGAUCGACAUAGGUGUGCCCGACGAAGUGGGGCGGCUGGAGGUGCUUCGCAUUCACACGAAGAACAUGAAAUUGUCGGAAGACGUCGAUUUGGAGAGGAUUGCCAGAGACACGCACGGGUUUGUUGGCGCUGAUCUGGCCGCUCUGUGCACCGAGGCCGCGCUUCAAUGCAUUCGUGAGAAGAUGGACGUCAUCGAUCUCGAAGACGACACGAUCGACGCGGAGGUCCUCAGCUCCAUGGCCGUGUCCAAUGAGCAUUUCCAGACCGCGUUGUCGACGAGCAAUCCUUCUGCUCUGCGGGAAACCGUCGUCGAAGUGCCGAACGUGACCUGGGAUGAUAUCGGCGGUCUGGAGAGCGUGAAGAGGGAACUUCAAGAGGUGGUCCAGUACCCAGUCGAGCAUCCGGAUAAGUUUGAGAAAUUUGGUAUGUCGCCGUCGAAGGGGGUCUUGUUUUACGGUCCCCCUGGGUGCGGAAAGACGUUGCUGGCGAAGGCCAUAGCCAACGAGUGUCAGGCCAACUUCAUCAGCGUGAAGGGGCCGGAGUUGUUGACCAUGUGGUUCGGUGAGAGCGAGGCCAACGUGAGAGAUGUCUUUGACAAGGCGCGGCAGUCGGCUCCCUGUGUGCUGUUCUUCGACGAGUUGGACUCCAUAGCCACGCAGAGAGGCAGCAGCCACGGAGACGCAGGCGGCGCCGCGGACAGAGUGCUGAAUCAGCUGCUGACGGAGAUGGACGGCAUGAACGCGAAGAAGACGGUCUUCAUCAUCGGAGCGACGAAUCGGCCAGACAUCAUAGACCCAGCGUUGCUGCGUCCUGGGCGUCUCGAUCAGCUCAUCUAUAUCCCGCUCCCCGACGAGGCGUCGCGGCUGAACAUUUUCAGGGCUGUGCUUAGGAAAUCGCCCAUCUCGAAGGACGUGGACCUGGAAGCAUUGGCACGAUACACGCAGGGGUUCAGUGGCGCGGACAUCACAGAAAUAUGCCAGCGAGCCUGCAAGUACGCGAUCCGAGAGACAAUCGAAAAGGAGAUUGAGCGAGAGAAGCGGAGGGCAGAGAACCCCGACUCCAUGGACGAAGAUAUGGCGGAAGAGAAGUAUGAAAUCAAGCCUGGGCACUUCGAAGAAGCGAUGAAGUUCGCCCGCCGGAGUGUCAGCGAUGCUGAUAUCCGUAAGUAUGCGGCUUUCUCGCAGACGCUGCAGCAGUCGCGGGGCUUUGGGACCGAGUUCCGAUUCCCAGAUCGUCCCGCGGCGGCGCCGGGACUGGCGAAUGAUCAUGCGGCGUUCAAUACCGCCGGCGGAGAUGACGAUGACCUCUACAAUUGAUGAAAAAUGAAUGCUGUGAAAGCAGUGAAGGGUCAGCAGCAGGAGUUAGGGUAAACAGAAGAAGAAGAUGGACAGCAGAUUCUAUCUAGGGAGAGUAGACUAGAGAGAGAGAGAGAGAGAGAGAGAGAGAGAGAGAGAGAGAGAGAGAGUGGGUGCGGGUGGAGAGGAGAGGCGACAGCAGCAGGCCGUUAAGUUUUCUGUGCGCCCAGCGACGCUGUUGUUUGUUCUAUUCAGGUUCCACCAUUCUCUACGUGGACUUAUCGCAGCAGCUUUGGAAGAUGGCAGCUGGCGAAAGGAGAACACGAGAGGGAGGAGUAGCUAUUGCCGAAAUGGUCGUAGGGUUGUGCGAUGUGCGUCUUUUCUGUGUCCGUGUCCCUCCGAUGAUGCGGGUGUGCGUCGUUGGGAGAGAGAGAGCGAGAGAGUGGGGAGGAAAGUCACUAAUUAGGAGUCUUGGGCGAAUGGCACGGACGAGGAGGACGAGGAGAGGUGAUGAGGGGAAAGGUGAUGACAAAUUUCUGUGCGCCGUGGCGGCGGGAUGUAAAAGCUGCACGUGGAAGAGGAAGAGAAGGGCGUCGUCCUUCUUGUGGCGCUGUGCCAUGUCUUGUGCUUGUGAAAUCGAUGGGAGACGUAGGUACGUUUCUACCGGCGGUGACUUUCCGCGUCAGCAGCGUUUUCACUUCGGCGGCUCGAUAUUGAUGAUGGAGAACGGGAGAGAUGGAGGCGGGCCGAAUCCUGCCAGAUGGAAAGACUGCUCUUGCGACCAGGGGGUGGGAAAGGAAGAGGAUUGGGAGCGCGCGGGAAAUUCUUGUACUUAGUGGCUAUGGGAGCAGGGUGUGGUUUUGGGAGAGUUUUGAGUAUGACCUUUGAGAAUGCCGGUCGCCUGUCAACCGGGAUAAAGACUAGGCGACGUGGACGAUGCGAGGAGACGUGGAGGGAAAGACAGAUGGCGGCAGGAAGGCUGCAGCAGGGUGGCGGCGGCGGUUAUGGAGAGCAAGGGAGGGAAUAUGCCAUCAGGAUGAUGGGUUUCCAUCUCCCACGCCGUUGCCUGAGGGUACCUCGCACGCCGCCGCUGUCUUUAAGGAGAAAUUCGAUAAGCCAUCUUAGUGUCCUGUGGCCGUAGAGGUGUUUCUCUAGUGGGACAAGUGGGAGAGUCGAGAGCGGAGAGUCGAGAGACUAGUCGAGGUCGCCGGCAUAUGAUGAUGUACUGCUCUGCUCAUUUCCUGAUGACGGACUUUUUAUGUGCGGAGGGAGAGAUAUUUCUGCCGUUUCGAAAGGUGGGAGGGAGAGAUUUCUACCGUUUCGAAAGGGCAGUAGAGGUAUUGGCGGGGGAUAUGAUGAGACGUGGGCAAAUGAAAUGUGUGAUGUGGAGGUGAACUGACCUUUGAAAGAUAAAGAGAAAUGAGAAAAAAAUAGGGUUGGCCCACCAUGUAGUAGAGACGAAGCGGCUGGCUGGCAAGGGAGCCUUGUGACGAACGAAGAGCUAUUCUUCUUGCGGGAUAGUUGUGGGACUGCCAUGCUUCUGACUAGGUCUAGUGUUGCUUGCAACAAUCGAGGGUUAUUCUUUUUUCCUUCCCCGCUCUUUCUCUUCUCUCCGUUCUCAUUCUCUACUCCCCUCCUUUCCCUCCUCCCUCCUCCCGUCUUCCUGCCUCCUCCCUUCUUCCUCCCUCCUCCCUUCUUCCUCCCGGCCCCCCCCCACUCUCCCUUGUUCUUCCGCUUGUGAUCUCCCCAUUCUCUACUCCCCUCCUUUCCCGCCUCUCCUCCCUUUUUCCUCCCCGCUCCCUUCUUCCUCCCGCCCCCCGCACCCCCCAACUCUCCCUUGUUCUUUCUUCCGCUUGUGAUCCCCUUUUCUGUUCCUCUCCUCUCUUGAAACUAUUACAUGUUCUCUCUCUCUCUAAUUCAGCAUUGUUGCGCGUUGGAGGAAUAAUGGUGGUUGUUAUGGCAACACGUUUCUAUUUCCAGUGAUGAUUUGGGAAAACUUUUGUA